CACAAAACGCAAACGCAGGAGCUGACCUCAAACUCUCUCAAUUUAUCUUAAUUCUUAAAUAUAAAAACUAGCUUCAAACGGCAUUACCUGUUUUUAGCUUUCAUUUCUCUGUCUCUACUAAAAUCCUAAAUAUUACAUCUCCCAAUUCUUUUUUUCUUCUUCGUUUUUUAGGUGGCUUACCUCUAAUCCGAAAACGACCAUGAGGUUUUGCGUUUUCGGGUUUUUAUCGUUUCUCCUUAUUAUUUCCCCCGUCUCCGCCUGGUUCUUCCCAAACUCCACCGCGAUUCCACCGUCUCUCCGUAACACAACACGCGUUUUCUGGGACGCUUUCUCCAAAUUCACCGGCUGCCACCACGGCCAAAACGUCGACGGUCUCAACCGCAUCAAAAAAUACUUCCAGCGUUUUGGUUACAUCCCCGAAACGUUUUCCGGAAACUUCACAGACGAUUUCGAUGACAUCCUCAAAUCCGCCGUCGAACUCUACCAGAAAAAUUUCCGGCUUAACGUCACCGGAGAACUCGACGCGCUAACAAUCAAACACAUCGUGAUCCCUCGUUGCGGCAAUCCCGACGUGGUCAACGGAACUUCGUUGAUGCACGGCGAGAGAAGAAGAAAGACCUUCGAGGUCAACUUCUCUCCCGGCGGCCGGCGACCGCGUUUUCACUCGGUGAAACGUUACACGCUCUUCCCCGGCGAGCCACGGUGGCCUAGCGACCGUCGUGACCUGACCUACGCGUUCGACCCGAGAAACCCAUUAACAGAGGAGGUCAAGAGCGUGUUCUCACGCGCCUUCGGUCGUUGGUCGGAAGUGACGGAGCUGAAUUUCACAAAAAUCGAGUCUUUCUCCACCGCCGAUAUCACGAUCGGAUUCUACACCGGAGAUCACGGAGACGGCGAGCCUUUCGACGGCGUUUUGGGAACGCUGGCUCACGCUUUCUCUCCUCCGAGUGGGAAAUUUCACCUCGACGCAGACGAGAACUGGGUUGUUUCCGGCGAUCUCGAUAGUUUCCUCUCCGUUACGGCGGCGGUUGAUCUUGAAUCGGUGGCGGUUCACGAGAUCGGUCAUCUUCUCGGUUUAGGACAUUCCUCGGUGGAGGAAUCGAUUAUGUAUCCGACGAUCACGACGGGGAGGCGUAAAGUUGAUUUGACGAAUGAUGACGUGGAAGGAAUCCAGUAUUUGUACGGUGCGAACCCUAACUUUAACGGCACGUCUCCGCCGUCCACCGCCACUACUCGGCAACGAGAUACCUUUGGGUUUGGUGCCGCGUGGAGAAUCGACGGUUCAUCGAGGUUGACGAUUUUCAGUCUAUUAUUGUCAACCGUCGGAUUUUUCUUGUGGUUUUCACCGUAGAUAGAAAUUAUUUUUUUACUUCCUUGAUUUAUUUAGUUUUGAUUUUCUUACCUCAAAUCUUGAUUCUUUUUUUGUUAAAGGAUGGGGAUAUAUAUAUACACAUGUAUUCAGACGUUGGUUCUUUUUCCUACAGUUUUUCAUUUCACAUAUACAUACUUCUGUAUAUAAAUUCCUUUCUUCGUGUUAUACAUUUUUUUUUUACU